AUGUUGCGCUCACAAAAGACCCACCAAAUCAGGGUGGUUCUACGUUUUGAGAGUGCACAUUACAACACCAUAGUGUGGCUAAAUGGUAAAGAAGUGAUGACGCAUUCUGGUGGCCAUUUACCAUUUGAAGCAGAUGUCACAUCACUGCUGUCCUAUGGCAGCAUUAACAGAAUCACUGCAGCAAUUAAUAACACAUUGACACCUUCUACCCUCCCCCCUGGGGCAAUAAAAUACCUUGUACAUGGUAAUAGGUAUCCUCCAGGUUAUUUUGUUUUAGAAACUACCUUUGACUUCUUCAACUAUGCUGGUAUUCAUCGUCCAGUCAAACUUUACACCACCCCUGUUGUGUAUCUGUCAGACAUCACCAUAACAACAAACCAGUCUGGUCAGGAGGGUAUGGUCAAAUUUUCGAGCACAGUGUCUUCCACUGGUGCGGUGAAUGUGUCCAUGAAUUAUGAACUUGUCGACAAGGCUGGUAAUGUGGUAGCUUCAGCAGAAGGUUCUGACUUGUUUGAAGGAACACUGGUUGUAAAGAAUCCAAAGCUUUGGUGGCCAAUUGGAAUGAGUGAUCAGCCAGCAUACCUCUACUCACUGAAGGUGCAGCUAAAAAUAUUCAGUGAUACCUUUUCACCUUGUUACAGCGAGAACUUCAGGAACGACACCCUCCAUCAUCACCUGGAUGUCAUGGCAGAGUUGGUUCGUCGUGACAAGAAUCGUCCAUCGGUAGUCAUGUGGUCUGUAGCUAACGAACCAGCUUCGAAUUACGCUGCAGCAGGGCCCUACUUCGAAUCUGUGAUCGCAUUUACUCGCUCCCUGGACCCAACUCGUCCUGUUACAUUUGUGACUGCAGCAGCCGCUAACACUGACCACGCGGUGCAGUAUGUUGAUGUUAUUCUACGCAACAGCUAUUACGCCUGGUACCAAGACCCCGGACAAACACAACUGAUCAGUCGCCAGCUAGAGAUAGAUUUAAGAGCCUGGUUUGACAAGUUCCACAAACCAGUUGUGCAAUCUGAGUAUGGGGCUGACACGGUAGCGGGACUUCACACGGAUCCCCCUCUUAUGUUCACCGAGGACUAUCAGGUUGAAACAAUCCAGCAUUAUUUCCCAGUGUUUGAUAAACUAAAGAAAGAAUUCUUUGUUGGUGAACUGAUAUGGAACUUUGCGGACUUCAUGACCAAACAACAAAUAACGAGAGUUGUGGGCAACAAGAAAGGGAUCCUGACUCGCCAACGGCAACCGAAAGCCGCUGCUCAUGUUCUGCGCCAGCGAUAUCUAAACAUUCCAGUGGGAAGAAGUACCAAGAAGGACGAUGAUGUGGACGUUUUACUCAGAUUCGAGAGUAACAACAUGGCAGACAUGGCUCAAUAGACAAUAGAAGAUGAAGGGUAGAGAGUUAAUUGCCCCUAUAGGCUUUAUUUCCAAGGUAAUCCCUCUAAAAGUAUUUUCAAAUUACCCCCGGUUUCGGAAAUCCUAGCAGGGUAUAGAAAUAGCAAUCCUGCAUUUUUCAAGGAAAGACUUGGUACCAUGUCUAAAAAUAACUUAAGAGGGAUUUAGGAAUAAACCUCUCUUACCCUUAUCUUCUCUUGGCAGUGAGAAUCUCUAGUUUAAGGGUGCUUUCCAUUAUACCAAAAAUUACAGAAAUUUCGCUGAGUAGUCAAAUGGAAAGGUUCGGUUCGGUUCGGUUCGGCCCAACCGGAAGAUUCGGGACCACCUCUGGAAGUGGUCCACUUUGAUCGGUCGGACCGAAAUUUGCAGUUCCAUUUUGAAAAACCGAUCCGUUUCCCUCCUCCCCUUCAGUAGAUUUUCACUUGUGUGGUUGAUUGGGGAAAGGAAUAGAAAAUGAUAGGAGCCAUUCUUCUCGCUUGGCCCGGUUUGUUCGGAAAAUGUCGUUCCGUUUUUCCUUGGUUAGUUUUACUAGUUUCUGAUCGGUCGGUAUGGCAUAAUGGAAAGCGCCCUACAUGUAAUACUGAAAGGAGGUGAUAAGCAUCCUGUACGAAAGUAAACCUGAAAUACUGCAGUGUGCAGACGAUUUUGUUAAACAAUUUUGUAGUAUUUUUUUAGUAAGUUACGGCUUCAGUUUUAUGUUUUCUGAUAUCUACAUAGUCAGAUCAUUUAGUUCGUGCAACGUUCUUUAACCAAUCAGAGUGAAGAUAUUUGCUCAGCCAAUCAAAUGCAUUUGACUUGGUGUACGCAAUUUUUCCCGCGCUUUCCAAGGGUUACUACCGGUUGGUGACAAGUUUUUUUCAUUUUGAUUGGUUUGUUGCGCGUAGAGUGGUUUUCAAUUGAGUGUCGUAAAACCAAAACCAAAGUAGUUACUCUAGCCAUUCACCAAGGACACAGGCAAUCCAGUGAACCAAUCAAAACUCGAAGUAACCAUAUGGAGCUAACGCGAAGCGCGGGAAACCGUGUGCGAACGAGACAGGAUUGGUUUUGGUUUUUCUGAUUGGAUAACAAAGUGGCGUGAGUUUGGUUAAGCCAAUUGUGUAGCGUAGCAAUGCGAAACCAAUUACUUUUCGACACUUAAGGGAACACCACUCUAUUUUCAGCCAUAGGUAACUGACCCUGUGUUGUUUGAAUAAUGUUUUGAUGAGCCAAAAGGGACAAGUCCUUUCGAAGGUCGUUGUUUUGAUAUUCUUGAUGAAGCUUUUCGCCUGUCGAGAAGAUACGCACUAAAGAACGAUAUCAAAAUUGUUGUAGCAUUCCUCGAGUUCUUUAGCUAAUAAAAACUGAUAAUGAUAUUGUCAAUAGUCAGUGUAGAUAGAAAAACAAUUUUAAAAAGGAGCUUGCCACAAUAAAAGUAAUCUGGAGUAAAAGAA